GAGCCGCUGCGACUGCGAUCCAUGGAUGAAAGAGACAAGUACCUCCUUUGGAACAGGGACCCACCUGCAGAUGCAGGAAAGAACGAAGAGGAGCCGAACCUGAGCCAAGCAACGACACUGAUACUUCCUGGAGAUGCGGAGAACCCUCCGUUGUUGCCAGAAAUGCAGUCGAAGAAUGUCAAGAAACCAUUGCCAGAAGAGAAGCCUCAGCCGGAGCCUGUGAAAGAAGCCUUGAAGGAAGAGGACAAGGAGGACACGAAGAAGGCAAAUCUGAAGAGGCUCAAAGUGUCCUUGGAGCUCGAUGUAUAG